GAGGCUACGUGGCUACAUGGCGCCUCUGUCCUGCUACACCUGAACUUUCGGAGGAUCUGAACUGACGACUGGCCAUAAAAAUACAACAAAAACCAAAAUGUACAUGUAAUUUUUUUAAUACAGUUUAAACUGCUCCUUAAAAAGACUUAUAACAAAGUAAUUCUUGUGAAGUGAAGUGAAAUUUCUCAGUUUUAGAGACGAGCAAGUUUACCUCAGCAAAAUGCCAGGCGAUGGAGUCAAACAGAGGAAAACAAAAACAGCAGCAGCGGUUCAGAAUAACGGAGAAAACAGAGACUCACAUCAAACCUGUAACAGUUCAGUCAGGAAAGAUGAAGAAAAGGUGCCUAAUAAUAAUAAUAAUGUAACAUGUGGGAAAAGUUCUGCAUGGGCAGUAGAUGUGAAAACUGGAGUGAGUUUGUUGUCUCUCACUGGUUGCUUUCUGCUCGCAUGGGUUGUUUUCCAACAGAAUGCAAAAUUUUAUGAAGUCGAGGAGAAGUACAACCAUCUAUAUGAAAAGGCUGCUGAUCUGCUGGCAUUGCAAAAGAAGUUCAGUGCCAUUUCUGAAAAGUGUGAAAAUGUCCAGAUGCUGGAAAACCAGGAACUGCAGUCACCACUGUCCCAGCUGAACAGCCUGGAACACAAAGUGACCGAGCUUAAGGAAUGGUCGUCAGGCCUCACUGAACGGCGCCAGAAGCUGCAUGAAAAGCUAGCCAGCCUUAAACAGGCUGUAGAGCGCAUAGAGAACCGGACCACUGCCAUCUCCAGCGAUGUGAACGCCAAAGUGACUUCGGUCCGGACAGACGUCAGACGCAUGGGAGGAUUAGAGGGUGAUGUUGAAACUCUCCUCACUCAAACCGGCGACCUUGAGAAAAAAAUUAUUCAGGCAGAAAAGCUCAUGGCCAAACGCAUCGGUGACUUGCUGGCAGCCAGCAUCGACCGAGUUUCAGGUCUGAGGAGCUCUUCAGAGAAGAACACCCAGGGUCUGGAACAGAUUCGAAAACGCCUCCCAGAACUCUAUGCAGCUGACAAGAAGCUCUCAGAGAGCAUCCUGGCUCUGGAAAGCGGCCGAGCCAAGCUGGUCAGGACGCUUACCUUUGCGAGUGAUCUGCGACCCAAAAUGUCCACCAUAAAGAUGGACUUUGCUAUGCUGGAGCCCCAGCUGGUAGAGCUGACCCUAAGGAUCGGCCGCUUAGCUGAAGAUGUUAUGAAGAGGGAGGAUGAUAUUGCACAGAUAAAAGACAGUUUGGCAAAAUUUACAGAUGCUCAGAAGGACCUCAAACAAGUCCAACAAGAGGUGGUGUUGGAAACGACUACUGAAAACAUGUACGAGGCUGACCUCGACAAAACGGCGACACACACAGAACUCUAACUAUAUAACUAUAGAGCAAAGGCGACUUUAUGCUAUAAUGUCAUAUUUAAAGGUUUAAUUUAAUAUCUUGGUUAUGAUGUUAGGCAGCAUGGUAACAGGGUUAUUUGUGUGGCUGACACACAGGUCCAGGGUCCAUGAGGCCUUGGUUAAAUUCUUGGCUCUUGUUACUAGGUGUGACUUUCCUACUGGUUUGAAAAUGACAUCUUGUGCUCUGAGUACUCUGAUUUCCUCAUUUCCCACAAUAACGUGGGAGUAGCUGGACUGGCUGGUUUUAUUUGCCCCAAGGAGUGAGUAAGUGAAACUGUGGGAGAUGGGUAAAAACCCAUAUUAAUUACAAAAGUCUUGUGUUUUAAAUACUCAGGUUGUUUAACAUGUUGUAUAUGAUGUUGGGCAGCAAUGGUGGCACAGCUGGUUGUGUGAGUGCCACACAGCCCUUAUCUACAGUAUGUUUAGUUUGGUUUCCUUAAGUGUGUAAGUGUAUGUUGUCUUGUGUUCAACUGACCCACUGUCCAGGUUGUAUUUCUGCCUUCGGUCCAGUGUUUCUGAACAUGAAGCAGUUAAUAAAGAAGAAAAAAUAAGUAGUAAUAUUUUUAGAAUUCAGCAGCUUGGAAUGAAAGUGUCCUAGCAUGUCCUCAAAAUUUGUGGAAGUCAUUAUACAUGAAAAUACAAUAUAUAUAUAUAUAUAUAUAUAUAUAUGUAUAUACUGGUGCUGGUCAUAAAAUUAGAAUAUCUAAAGAGGGAAGGAAAAGAUGUGGUAGAAAAAAGUGUACAAGCAAUAGGGAUAACCACACCCUGGAGAGGAUUGUGAAACAAAACCCAUUCAAAAAUGUGGGGGAGAUUCACAAAGAGUGGACUGCAGCUGGAGUCAGUGCUUCAAGAACCACCACGCACAGACGUAUGCAAGACAUGGGUUUCAGCUGUCGCAUUCCUUGUGUCAAGCCACUCUUGAACAAGAGACAGCGUCUCGCCUGGGCUAAAGACAAAAAGGACUGCUGAGUGGUCCAAAGUUGUGUUCUCUGAUGAAAGUACAUUUUGCAUUACCUUUGGAAAUCAAGGUCCCAGAGUCUGGAGGAAGAGAGGAGAGGCACAGAAUCCACAUUGCUUGAGGUCCAGUGUAAAGUUUCCACAGUCAGUGAUGGUUUGGAGUGCCAUGUCAACUGCUGGUGUUUGUCCACUGUGUUUUCGGAGGUCCAAGGUCAACGCAGCCGUCUACCAGGAAGUUUUAGAGCACUUCAUGCUUCCUGCUGCUGACCAACUUUAUGGAGAUGCAGAUUUCAUUUUCCAACAGGACUUGGCACCUGCACACAGUGCCAAAGCUACCAGUACCUGGUUUAAGGACCAUGGUAUCCCUGUUCUUAAUUGGCCAGCAAACUCGCCUGACCUUAACCCCAUAGAAAAUCUAUGGGGUAUUGUGAAGAGGAAGAUGCGAUACGCCAGACCCAACAAUUCAGAAGAGCUGAAGGCCACUAUCAGAGCAACCUGGGCUCUCAUAACACCUGAGCAGUGCCACAGACUGAUGGACUCCAUGCCACGCCGCAUUGCUGCAGUAAUCCAGGCAAAAGGAGCCCCAACUAAGUAUUGAGUGCUGUACAUGCUCAUACUUUUCAUGUUCAUACUUUUCAGUUGGCCAACAUUUCUAAAAAUCCUUUUUUUUGUAUUGGUCUUAAGUAAUAUUCUAAUUUUCUGAGAUACUGAAUUUGGGGUUUUCAUUAGUUGUCAGUUAUAAUCAUCAACAUUAAAAGAAAUAAACAUUUGAAAUCUA